CAAAUCAAGCUUAUUUUCCAACACAAAUCGUAAUUAUUUCUAUACUAACAAAAAUUGUACUUUAAGUAAAAACACAAAUGUUUCACAUGUUUUAAUGGAAAAUCAGGACGUGUCACAUUCUCCAGAAAAAGAAGAUACUGUCAAACAACAACAAGAUGAAGCAGAAAGGAAAAUCAAACUAGUGCUCGAAGACGACGCUGGACCUUCACAAACAAACGAUCUACCUGGAGCAAUACCUUUUAAAGCAAACCACCCGCUGAAGCUGUCUAAGUCCGAGCAAAGCUUUAGACAAAUAUACACACAUAAAGAUGGAGCACCACUUGACCUAACCUCUAUAAGCUUCGGGCCACAAGUACGCGAUGUAAACAUAGCCAAUACUAAAGAUUUAAACGGGGAUGAAACAAAUAAAAACGAUUCCAUGUUAGUUGACAUAAAAAAAUUCAUGGCAUCGUAUUUUAGAGUCGAUAGAGAGAAUCAGGUUGCUAUAAGUGAAGUCCAGAACACAGCAUUGAGUACUGUAUCGGGUAUGCAAGAUGAUACCAAUUGUGUCACGGCCGCUCAGACGGAAGACAAAUCGUCUGCACCUGCGAAUGUGAUAGUGACCAACCAGCCAGCACCAGAUCCAAACUUAUCGAAGUCUGGUUCGGAGAACAAGAAAAAAACUUCGGGAACUCUGUCUGAGAGGUCUGGCUUUGCAGUUGUGCAAAGGGACUCGUUGUCAAGUAUUGGAUCAAACGUUUGCAGAAUUUGUAUGACUCGAGGCAGGGAAAGAUUGAUAUCACCGUGCAACUGCAAAGGGUCCUUGGCAAACGUGCAUUUGACUUGCCUGGAGCGAUGGCUGAACCAAGUCGGGAGGAACCAUUGUGAACUUUGUGGAUUUAGCUACCCGGCCAUCCGCACGCCUCGCUACACUGUGCUGCAAGCCCUACGCCUGUGGUUCGGCAACCCGCGAAACAGGAGCCAUUUGCAGUCCGACUGCUUAAUAUUCUGGCUGCUGUCCACCGUGACCGCGGGCCUGCUCGCCGUCUGCAUCGUUGGCACGCAGUACUUCGUCAUUGAGGGCAACAAAUUUGGUAAGAUACACGGAAUUGCCCGGAAAGAGGAAGGCAUAUCGCACCGCAUAACCGAGACCGCAAUGGACUUCUUCAUGGCGAUAGUGUUGUGCGGGUACUCUGUGACGGUGUACCUGCUGUGCAAGGACCACUACGUGUUGUGGAGUCGCUGGCGGCGUGCUAACGUGCACGUGCGCCUGCUGCUGGCCGCCGACGCCGACCCGGUGCCCUUCGUGCCGAGGCCGUACAACAAUAUAGUGUGAAGCCGCCGUUAGUUGUGUGGAACUUUUGAAUGCUUUAUUAGACGUAAUGUUACAUUUGAUAUAA